UGAGGGCUCCCUCGAUUUGUAUCUGGAGCCACUGAAUCCCAAUGGCAGCUAUCGACGCGAGCAUUCGUUCACUCCGCUUACCCAUCGAUUGGCCAAGUCGGCCGCGGGCGCUGUCUCGUUGGCGCCUUGGCUAGCUGCAGAUGCUCCGGCCAGUCGGCAGUCGGCGGAGAAUAACUAUUUGGAGCCCGAAUCAGGCAGACGGCAAAUGUUGGAUCGUCAGCGACUCCGCUUUGCGCAGCAACAAGCACAAGCACAACAGCAACAUCAUCAUCGCCAUCACCACCACCACCAUCAUCAUCGUCACCAGCAGCAGCAGCAGCAGCAGCAGCAGCAAAUUAGCGGUGCGCUGACUGAAAUGUUGCGUUACAACGAGCCCAUGCCCGCUACUCCUCGCACUAGUCGCACUGCCAAUUUUCGUGUAGUGGGCAGCCAAGCUCCAAUCCAAUCCAGCAAUGGACGCAAUGUCAACUUCUUCAGCCCCACUGUUGCUGCAGAUAUGCGACGUUCCUUUUUACAGCCGGCUAGUGAUAUCAUCCGAGCGCGCACGCAGCGACAUCGCGCUCCACGCUUGGACUCCUUUCCCAUUGGCAGCAUGCGGCAGGUGCAAAUGCAUGUGCAACGUGGCACACCCAACGUGGCGCCCAGUCCUGCCGCCUCUGCAUCCGCUGCUGUGGCAGCAGCCCAACGUCUGGUGGAGUUCAGUGAACUUGCGCAUGGCGCCAAUGAGCUGUUGAGCCAGAAUCCCGCCACUGGUGGCUUUGUCUUUCAAACGAUCGAAGAGGAGGAGCCGCUGCAGCUGCCAGAGCAAAAGCAAUCGGCACAAGAGCGUGAACGUUUUCUCUGCUUUCCCUUUCUCUCGCCCUCGAACAGCGGAGCCUCUGAGUCCGAGGAGCAAAACAAUUUCCUUGCGCACCGCGCCGAGUUUGUCGCACAACUCUUGGCCUCGGUGCUUUGCGAGGAGGAUCUGGCACCUGCCACAGCAGCAACAGUGCGCUCCAGUGGCGACUUAGCUGGCGCUGGGGAUUCUCAGUUGGAGCUGAAGUCUCCAGCUCUCUGAUGCGCAUUCACGUGGAUUUUUUGUAUUCAUUUGGCUUACUCUCCAGACUAUUGGACUCUACUACAAAUUCAGUAGUUAGUAAACGACGACAAAUAUUGUCACCAUUUUGAUCAUAUUUUAAGCAAAAGAAAUUCAAACAGUAUUUGUAUUAUAAUUUGCUCUAUCAUGAGCUAACCACAGCAUGAAUCAUCAAACAUAAAUUUAGCUGGCAGCGUAUAUAGAUAGAUAAGUAAUCGAAAAAAGUUGCAUGUGAUAAGAGUUUACGAAAUAAUAAAUGUUUCAUAUGAA